AUUACUAAAGAUAUCAGACUAAUCAUAGUUGUAAUGUGACAAAUUUAUAAUUGAAAUAAACGGUAAUAUAUCUUUUCCUCCAAAAGAAAAGUAACAGUCGCUCCGUUUCUUUUUAGUUUACUCACUUCACUUUUGGGGAGAAACAAGGAGGAAGUACAAAAGUAUGAGGGAGGAACGGAAAAGGUGCACACAAAAUCUAAAAAGUGGAUUAAAAUAUCAAAAAAUGGAUGAUAUGUGUGGAAAAAGAGGAGAAAGUAGAUGGGGCAUGUUAUCAAGAAGAGAAAAGCAACAGUGUGUAGAUUUAAAAGAAACAGACCAAAAAGUAAAGUAUAUAAAUUAAAAAGAAAUAGAGGGAGUAGCUAUUAGUUGGUUGUAAUAUGGAAUUUGGACUAACGAAUUAAAUUUGUUAAUGAAGUUAUCUUGUUUUUUCUCAAAUGAGUCCGAACCCUCGUGGCUCAAUUUCUAGAUCCACCACUGGCUGUGAUGAUGUUACAGCAGAAAGCUUCACCAAGCUGUGCUUUUUUUGCUACUAUAUUUGGGGUAAACUUGAAGACAAUUGAGUCCCAAAAUGUUGUAGAUUAUCCCAAUAAGCAGUAUGCAACCCGUCGAACUUCGGACUACAUGUAGGAUUUUGACUUGGAUAGAACAUGUUGGAUGUUUGAAGCAUACCCGUCCGACCACUAGCAGAUUCAUGACUUGGAUAGAACAUGUUGGAUGUUUGAAGCAUGAUGACCUUCUGUUGUACUGGGUAGAGUUUUGUUUCUAUAAAAAGGAGAAAGUAAGAAGGCAAUUCUGCAGUGUAGAUUGUGUUCAUAUGAGCAGCUGUUCAUUCAUGGUGCCUUUAUGCUAGUGCAGUGCCCUAGGACAUCAGAGGAGCGUGAGCCUUUGUCUGCUAAUCGUGCAACACCUUCCGGAGUGGCAGGAGGACUGCUGGUUGAUACCAAUUUGGAAACAUCAAGUCCAGACACAUACACUCCACCUCCUGCUCCUAUUCCAUAUGAUGUUGAUUUAGGACGUCCUCGGACGCCACAUGCUAGAGAGUCCCAUCUUUCCAAGAGUGACACAGCAGCCGAUGUAGCAAACUCUGGUUCUGAGGAGGGGAUGAACAAUGCUGAUACUCCAGAUAAUAGAGAGAAGGAUUUGAAAGAUAUAGAUGGUAAAACACAUUCUGUUUUGGAGAUGACCCCAUCUGAUAAAUUUGAAGAUGAUCUUAAGAAGCCAGUUGAACCGAAUUUCACAAUCAUAGAAGAGGAGGAUUGUCCUAUAUGCCUCGAAGAGUACUCGGAAGAGAAUCCAAAGAUGGUGACUAAAUGCGAGCAUGAUUUUCAUCUUUGCUGCAUUCUUGAGUGGAUGGAAAGAAGUGAAACUUGUCCUGUUUGUGAUAAGGAAGUGGUGUUUGAUGAAGAUUUAGGUGUUUAGCCUUGUUCCAAGCUCAAGUGUUUGUGGUAAUCAUUUGAUUUGUGUCGCGGUCGCAAGGUGGCUGCUGAGUGCUGCUUGAUAUGGGUGUUGAUGUAUUGUAGUUUCACGAUUUGGUGUCAGUUUAGUGAUGAAUGAUGAUGCAUAUCUCGAGUGGUUCUUUAGACCAGAAGAUUUGAAAGGAAAGAGUUCAAAGAACCAUUUGUUAUACGUUGGAGCUUAAAUCGCCUCGGUGAAAAAACCAUGGUAGCAUGCGGUACAAUGCAGUGGGGCUUGAAUAUGGAUUGCAUUGUACUGUAUGCUGUUUCUAUACUGGCAAAAUUUGGCGGGAAGGAGUAGGUCCUUUGUGUUUUCUGUUCUUUUGGGGGUUUCUUCUGUUAUUUUUUAUACAUACGUGUAUAGCCUAUAGGUUCAUUCAACAAGAAAAUAGGCAAUUUUAGUCUCUCAGCUCUUCAUUUUCUGGCGUGUGCUCCUUGUUGCUUUUGCCGAUUUGCUGCAUAAUGUAUUAAUGUGAAUAUAAGUUUGGUUGUAUUACUAGUUACUACAGAGCU